AUGGUUGAUGCUGGAAUUCUUUUGAAGAAUGAAAAAGAGAAAUUAGAUUUAAUUAAAUUUCAAUAUAAUAAAUAUUGGAUACCAAUACGAUGGAUUCAUGCUAUUGCAUUGAAUGCACGAAAACAAGAAAUAAUUACUUCAGAUUUACUCUAUUGGAAAUUAUGCGCUGAAGUUGAUAAAUUUCGUCAUAGUUUACAACUUUUAUGCAAUUAUGAUUGGGUACCUAUACCUUUAGUUUAUUCACAAGUUGUAUUUUUGGCAGUUUACGUUCAUUUCCUUAUCUGCCUUAUCAGUCAACAGUUUAUCAUUGCUGAUAAUAUUCAUACAACUUAUCUUGAUUUGAUAGUACCAGUGAUGACAAUGAUACAAUUUGUAUUUUUUAUUGGUUGGUUAAAAGUUGCACAAGCAAUGCUCAAUCCAUUUGGUGAUGAUGAUGAUGAUUUCGAAUGCAAUUAUCUUAUUGAUAAAAAUCUUGCUCAAAGUUUUUGCAUUGCUGAUAAUUAUGAUCGUGUACCGGAUAUAAGGCCUGAUCUUUUUUGGCGAAGCCAGAAAGUACUUCCAACUUCUGGCAAUACUCUUUUAAAUGGAUCAACCGUCGAUUUUAAAAUAACGAAACACAAUCGACCAACACAAACUGCUAAUCCGGAAAAAACUAUGCAAAAGAUAACAUGGAAUCGCCACGAUCAUUUUGAAGAACAAAUCAAUCGAUCAUCGAUACAACUGAAACAAUAUAGUAAAUCAAACAUUGACUACUUUGUAUUACCAAAUCCGAACAAGAACAAUAAGAUGAAAAUUACUCGAUUAUAA